AUGUCAAUAUCUCAACUAUCUCAGGCCACAGUCCGCCAGCUUGGAUCGUCUGCCGUCAUCCCAUCCCCUGUAUCACUUGUCAAGGAACUCGUGGAAAAUGCUAUUGACGCCAAUGCAAACAACGUCGAGAUCAGGAUAUCGGCAAACGCAAUAGACAACAUCCAGGUCAGAGAUAACGGUCACGGCAUCUGCUUUGAAGACUACGAUGCUCUUGGACGCUGGUCACAUACCAGUAAGCUCCGGACAUUUGAUGAGCUUCAGUGCAAGGGAGGCCAGACACUUGGGUUUCGCGGCGAUGCCUUGGCAAGCGUGAACGCCAUCUCGAAGCUCACCAUCACAACGAGAACGAUUCAAGAUCAGGUGGCAACACUGCUGGUACUCAACCCCAAAGGCGGCGGUGUAACGAACAAGAAGCAUGUUUCGGGCUCCGUUGGGACGACCAUCGACGUCUCAGACUUGUUUGCCAACAUUCCGGUUCGCAGGCAACAAAUUCAGAAGGAGAGCAAGAAAGCAUACGCUCAGGUCAGGGACCUUCUUCAGGUGUACGCACUUACUCGACCGCACCUUAGGCUUUCCUUGAAAGUCAUGAAAAACGACAAGCUCUCAUGGUCUUAUGCGCCAGGCAAAGGCGUCGGCAAAACGUUCAGUGGAACUACACCUGCGAUCUCAGCAACGGAACCGGGGAGACCAGACACGCCAGCAUCUAUCAUGAGACUUGAGGCUUUUGUACCGAGGGCUGAUGCCGAUCCCGUGAAAGUGUCUGGCAAAGGCUACUUCAUCUCCGUUGACUCGAGGCCCAUGACUACAGCGAGGGGUACAAUGAAGAAGCUUGUCGAUACUUACAAACAACACUUACGCAGCUGUGUCGUUCUCGCCGGUUCUUCCAAGUCCAUUUCCAAGCCUUUCAUACGCUUGAAUGUCGAAUGCAUUCUCGGAAGCUACGAUCCUAACGUAACCACGGCCAAAGACGAGGUCAUCUUUGCAAACGAGCCCAAAUUGCUAGCCCUGUUCGAGGACAUGUGCAAGGAGAUAUACCAACCAACCGAGCCCGAACCAGUGGUUGAAGUUGUCACCGAAAAUCUCCAAACUUCGAACCAGCAAGCUAGACACCAGACUCCAGAUCUUCUCCCAGACGAUGACGAAGAAGACUAUGACCUCCUUCAAGACUUGGCAUCGGUCGAGGAAAUGAGUUCUGAAAGAGCACCAACCGGCCUGGUUUCUCCUGAGAGUGGACAGCAGAUGCCAGGAUCUCCCAACAGAGAGCCUGUACACGGCUGGAGAAGUGCACUUGAGGCGAUGGAGGACACCCAGGAACCAAUACUCACCCAAACCCUCCUUCGAACUGGUUGGGAGGUGAACAUGGCUCGAGAUGAGACUGCAAGCCCAGAUGGUCAAACGCAACCGAUUCUUUUGGGCCCUCCCAGUACGGGCAUACACGAGUUCAUACAGUCACAGAUGGAAGAGCAGACCCAACGGGAGGAACCAAAUCCAUGGUCUCUGGCAAAAAUAGCGGCUGGACAACGUUCUACUCACCGCGAAGACAUGCUUGGCCUUCGACUCACAGGCGAGCAUAGCGACAGCAAUCUGGGUGGCACAGCUUCUCGCCAGCAAGACCAUAUCUCUGUGAUAGCAGAGCUCAUGCAGGAAGCCGAUGAAGUAAUGAGCCGGAGUAUCGAAGACCAAAGACAUUCCCAGCAGCAGCAAUCUCAACGCCUUUGGGUACCUGCUGCAGCAAGGGAGGAAAUAUACGAUCCAGAUAACUUUGAGCCACCGAUCCUACAACACCCUGCCGCCCCACCAACUAGUUAUCAGAUUCCAAGACACCAAGAACCGCGAGAAAUUUCAAGAGAUGAGGAAGCAUUCCAUUCAUCCAUUACUGGACACGACAAUGAAGACCUAGAUGUGAUGCCGCAGAGAGGCCCAGGCGUUCGCCGACGCAUCGGUGCCAAGACGCCGUAUCCCUUUGCGAAUCUUGAUCAGAGCAGUGUGCUUGGCACACCUCCUAUGUCUUCUAGUCCGUUGCGCAAGCCAUUCCGGGUGCCUGCCCGCAUCGAACAAGGCAGAGACCUUCAUGUACGACCAGCACUACCAAGGCCCACCCAGGCCACUCGGAGAUUUGAGCCUCACAGGGCAGACGGACUGAGACAAAUCAAACUUGCCGUCGACACCCGAAGAGAGAGGCAGCAACUAAGGCUAGAGGAUACGUCGACUUAUUGCCCUCCUUCGGUGGGGGCGAGACCGGAUGACAUCUAUGAUGGUUUCGAGAAGACAAGGAAGUCAAAGCAUCACUACCAGCAAGCCAGCCCAGAGCCAAAUGAGAGACAGAUGUUGGAGAGACUGAACGCUCUACGCCACAGAACUGAAGAAGAAUAUGGAGAGAUUGCAGAGGACGAGCGAGGUAGAUCGCUCUCUAGGAGAGCUACGACUACCCUGCCGGACAUGUCUCCUCGAAGAUACCUGAAGAAGAGACUAGCAUCUAGGUCUAGGUCGAGAACCAAGGUACACAAAAGGAUGAGAUCGGAGAUGCUCCCAUUUGAGAAGCUGUUCUCAGAGCCCCAUACUCAGACAUGGCCACUUACACUUGAUCUACAAGAUCUGCGGAAGCAGGUUACAGAUGCAUCUAACUAUGAUCUCUAUAUCACCAGAGGCAUCCAGGAAGUGGCGUUUCACAUGGGAAAGAAUGAAAUGGAGAACAUCAGCAACAAGCUUCAAGAAAUCGUGGGCGCUUGGGUGUAUGAGAAGCAUGGAGUUGAAGUGGAGCUUGAGAUUGAUACUGGGGCAUUGUGUGAAGAAGGAGAUGUGGGAGUAUGA